AUGGGAAUAUUUAACGAACAAAAAGAUAACUCAUUUGCUAAAGGAAUUCAAGGAGCACCAGGAGUUGGAUUUAAUCUUACUUCUGAUGGUGAUUAUGAUAUGAUAAAUAAAAAAAUAAGAAAUGUUGGUACACCAACUGCUAAUACUGAUGCUGCUACAAAAAAGUAUGUUGAUGAUAAUUCUAGCGGGGCACCCAAAACAUCAAGAUUAACAGUUGAUUCAAACAUUGAUAUGAAAGAUAGAUUUCGUAUUUUAAACCUUAAACAUCCAAAUGAUGCAGAUGAGCCAGCAACAAAACAAUAUGCAGACAGUAAUUUUCUUAACAGAGAUGGUUCACGAACAAUGAUUGGCAAUUUAAGUAUGAAUAAUAAUAAAAUAACUAAUGUUGGUAAACCAACAGCUAAUAAUGACGCAGCAAACAAAAAGUAUGUGGAUGAUAAACCCACCUCGACAUCAAAUCUAACAAUUGAUUCAAACAUUGAUAUGAAAAAUACAUACCGAAUUAAAAAUCUAAGCACACCACUGGAUGCAAAAGAACCUCCUACAAAAGAUUAUGUAGACAAUACAUUUCUUGAUAGAGAUGGAUCUUAUCCAAUGAAAGGUAAUCUUAACAUGGAUAAUCAUAGAAUUUUAAACCUACCAAUUCCAAUGGGUCCUAAACAACCAACACCAUUAGCCUUUACAGAUAUAAAGUAUCUACAUGUUGGUGGAACAAAUAAAAUGUUAAACUCACUUAACAUGAAUAAUAAACCUAUAAUUGGUCUAAGACCACCUUUUAAUGAUACAGAUGCUGCAACCAAAAAGUAUGUGGAUGAUAAAGGAUUUACAACAGGUUACUUAAAAAAAGAUGGAACGGAUCGUAUGACUGGAAACUUAAAUAUGAACAAUAAAAAAAUUAUUAGUUUAAGUAAUCCAACCCAAGACAAUGAUGCUGUAAAUAAAGAUUACGCUGACAAACUAAUUCAUCACACUGCAGUUCAACCAAGUCAUUACAACGAUCAAUUUACUUUUCUUAUGUCUAAUGCAGCACAAUGGACUGAUGAAAUAGAUACUGGAACUAGUUUUGUUAUAUCAAAAAUAGCAGACUUACCUCCUUCAAAAGGUAAUUUUCAUAACUAUAACCACAAAGUAAUUUAUGUAAAAAUAAACAAAAAUUCUCAAGGUGGAUAUAAGUACAAAAUGUCAGUUAACUUUUACAGAUUAACCGCUAAUGUUGAUUACACACUAUGUUUGGAAAUACUAAACACUGACUAUCAACUUUGGCAUAAGUCUCAAAUAAGUGUAGACAAAGGAACUUCAUCAGGAUUAUCAAUUGAAAAUGUAAGUGUAAAAAAACUUAGUCAUAGUUAUAUAGAUGCAACAAAUCAAACACAAUAUAUGUAUUACCAUAGAAUAAUAGUUAAUUUUAAAAAGUUGUCAACUGGUAAUAGGUUCUUUCUUCAUUUUCUUGUUAAUAUACCACAAGAAGGAAGUGACCUGUCUGUUUAUCCAAGACAGUUUUCAGGAGUUUAUUUUGUUACUUAUGGUAUUGUGGGUAAAGUAAGCAAUAUCGACCCAGAUAAAGUUUAUGACUAUCACACAGCAUUUGAUAUCAAACCAACAGAAGUUACAUACAAUGUUGACAUAAAUGCAAAUAAUAAAAAAAUAUUAAACAUUGAUCUUGAUAAAAAUAAUAAUAAUAGUGCAGCAACAGUUGGAAUGGUAAAUGAGUUUAAUACAGCAACAGUUGGAAUUGUAAAUAAAAAUUUACCUUUUAUAAAAAAUUAUGUUUACAGAAAAUAUUUUGAACAUUUUUUUGACUUUAGCGAUUCAAACUAUUACGUUUUAAAUAAAAGUUCAAUUGGUGUUGUGUUUAAUGCUUUGUCCUCUAUUACAGGAAAUUCUGCACAAAAUAUUACAUUUCCAAGUAAAACAAUGGAUAACAUAAAAGAAACUGGAUUAAGAAUAAAUAAUUAUAAGAUAUCUUUUAAACCACCAAUUAAAAAUACAAGUUACACUUUAUGUAUUGUUUUUUCUCAUUUUAAAAGAAAUAAUUUUAGUAUAAAGAAAUAUGAUGUGUCUAAUGCAAAUUCAAGACAACAACUUUUAUUUUUAUACUAUUUAUCUAUAACUAAUUAUCUAAACAUAAGUAUUGGUAAUGUAAAUAAAAAUUUAGCAAUACCAUCUAGUUUUAAUGGAAAAAAAAUAGUUUUAUGGUUAACAGAAAGUAUUAAUGAUAAUAUUACAAAAGUUAAUAUAAGUAACUAUUCCGCAGACUUAGACGCUAAUAUUGUAAGAACUUCAGCUAACCUUGAAUUUGAAUUUUUAUGUAAAGAUUCAGUGAUAGAAAAAUUUAUGUACUCUCCAAACUUUUACGACAUUGACUCUUCAGUACAUCAUCAUAUAUUACUACAAGAAAAGAUAAACGGAAAUUAUGUAUUAUAGUUUAACCUAAGAUUAUAUACAUAAAAUAAAAAAAUGAAGGAUAUUUUUGAUUUUAAUCACAUAGACCCAUCUCUAUCAAAAUCUGAUAUUAAAACAAUAAAAGAUUUUUACAGUUACUACCAUAAAAAAUAUUGGUGUUUUAAGAGGUCUUAUAAAAGUUAUAAAUUUCUUGAUAAUUGUUUUACAAUCUCUGGAAUAUGUUUGGUAGCAAUAGGAACUAUUACUGGUGGAAUUACACUUAAUCCUGUUAUUCUUGGAGUAAUAAAUGGAGCUGGAGUAAUUGUUGCUGGAGUAGGAAAGAAAAAUAACUACAAGAGAAAAAUAGAAAUGACUCGUAUUGCAUACACCACUUAUGAAAAAGUUCUUGUUGAACUUCGAGCUGUACUUAGAGGAGAUGAAUGGGAUAAACAAAAAUUCGUAGAUAGAAUGAAACUAAUAGAUGAUAUGAUAAUUGAUCAAUCUCCUGAACCAGAUAGAUUUGAGAUUAAAUAUAAUAAUAAAUUUAAUAUAUGUGAUUAA